AUGCGACAGGUGAAGGACCUGGUGACGGCGCAGCCGGUGAUGACGCCGCUGUGGGCGGCGCCAGAGGUGGUGCGGCACGAGCGCGCCAGCAUCAAGGCGGACAUCUGGUCAUACGGCAUCAUCCUGUGGGAGCUGGUGUCAGGCGAGGACAUCACCAGCUACCAGCCCUUCUCCAUCAGCAGGCAGAUGGGCGCCGGCGCCAGCGGCCGCGCGCUGUCGCUCCCGGCGCGCUGCCCGGCCAUCGCGCGGAGGAUCUUCACUGCGUGCACCCAGAUGGACCCGGAAAAGCGCCCGACCGCCUUCCAGCUGGUGGAGUGGCUGCGCGCGGACGCGGCCGGCGGCAGCGCGGGCGGCGCGGGCAGCGCGGCGGCGACGGCGGCGCCGGGCGCUGGGGUCGGCGGUGGCGGCGGCGAGGGGAAGCGGUAG